AACCCUUUCUGGUAGGAAAACCUCAGUGGAGCACAUGGAUGUUGAAGGCCACAGAGAGGCGUCAGAGGGAUGGAUUUGAUUUACCCUCAUAUGAUGCCCUUUCAAAGAUCCUUCCAGAAUAUCAGCAUUUCUUCAGGACACCUGAUGCUCCUCAACAGAGCAAAGGAGAGCCAAAGGAACAGAAGAAAUCCAAGAGGGCCUUAGAGCUCAACCAAACAUUCGAAAUCUAUUCCCCAUGUGAGAGACUUCCAGUGCCAAUUGUUCAGGGUGAUGAUCUACGUACUGCAGAGAUUACUGAACACAAUACAAAAGAACUGGAGAAAUAUCGUUCCGCCAUGUGUAAAAUGGCAGAGGACAUCCUCGCUCUACGCUCUCAGGUGGCCAGUCUAGAGGAGCAGAACAGCCAUCUUCGUAGUGAGCUUUCCAUGAACCAAGACCUAGGGCACACGCUGCUCAAUGACACUGACAUUGACGUCAUGACCAAGGCUGAAAUUGCAGACAGAAUAGUUUCUCUAAAGUGCAAUCUAGCUAGUGAGAGUCGUAAGGUUGCAGAUCAGAGGGAUAAGAUCCAGCAGCUUCAGAAUGAGCUAAUCAGGAAGAAUGACAAAGAGAAGGAACUGGUGCAUUUACAGCAAACACACCAGCAACAACAGGCUGUGCUGCAGCGCUACCAAGGACAGAUAAAGAAGCUCUCAAAUCUGGAGACUACAGUACGCCAACAGGAGAAGGUUAUUGAAAGGAUGGAGAAGGUACUGAUGACAAAGCUGGCAGACAGAAAUAAAGAAAAUGCAGAGAGGAGGAAGGUUUUAAAAGCAAAAGAUUCAGAUAAAAGGAAAACAAGAGAGAUUGAGUCCAUGCUGACCGCAGAAAACUCUCGCCUCAGAGAAGAGCUUGAAAGACUUCGCCAACAGCCACAGCCUAUUAUCAUACAACAACCUGCACAGCAGCCUUUUGGAGACAUUGAGAAGCUCAGACUGUUAGAACAGCUAGAGAGGGCAGAGGCUUCCAUCCGUACAUUAGACAAACAGCUGGAGCAAAAUGCCAAGCAGUGGGGGAAAGAAAAACAAGACUUGUUGACCAGACUCAGUGAAUACAAUCAUGGAUUUGCUCAGACAUCCACUGAUCAGUACACAACCUUGACCAAACGUCUGUCCAUGUGAAGGCUGAAGGACAUCAAUGCAGAGAAAUAAAAAUAGAAUAAAUAUAUCCAAAGACAUGUCUUACAAUAAAAUGUUAUGCAAUUAAAUACUUGUCCAUUACCUUC